AUGGAGACACUGGACGAUAAGAAAGAGAAUGGUAUGGAGACACUGGACGAUAAGAAAGAGAAUGGUAUAGAGACACUGGACGAUAAGAAAGAGAAUGGUAUGGAGACACUGGACGAUAAGAAAGAGAAUGGUAUGGAGACACUGGACGAUAAGAAAGAGAAUGGUAUAGAGACACUGGGCGAUCAAAAAGAGAAUGGUAUAGAGACACUGGAUGAUCAGAAAGAGAAUGGUAUAAAGACACUGGACGAUAAGAAAGAGAAUGGUAUGGAGACACUGGACGAUAAGAAAGAGAAUGGUAUAGAGACACUGGACGAUAAGAAAGAGAAUGGUAUGGAGACACUGGACGAUAAGAAAGAGAAUGGUAUGGAGACACUGGACGAUAAGAAAGAGAAUGGUAUAGAGACACUGGGCGAUCAAAAAGAGAAUGGUAUAGAGACACUGGAUGAUCAGAAAGAGAAUGGUAUAGAGACACUGGGCGGUCAGAAAGAGAAUGGUAUAGAGACACUGGACGAUCAGAAAGAGAAUGGUAUAAAGACACUGGACGAUAAGAAAGAGAAUGGUAUAGAGACACUGGGCGAUCAAAAAGAGAAUGGUAUAGAGACACUGGGCGGUCAGAAAGAGAAUGAGACACUGGACGAUCAGAAAGAGAAUGGUAUAGAGACACUGGACGACCAGAAAGGGAAUGGUAUAGAGACACUGAACGACCAGAAAGAGAAUGGUAUAGAGACACUGUACGACCAGAAAGAGAAUGAUAUAGAGACACUGUACGAUCAGAAAAAGAAUGGUAUAGAGACACUGAAUGAUAAGAAAGAGAAUGGUAUAGAGACACUGGGCGAUCAGAAAGAGAAUGGUAUAGAGACACUGGACGAUCAGAAAGAGAAUGGUAUAAAGACACUGGACGAUAAGAAAGAGAAUGGUAUAGAGACACUGGGCGAUCAAAAAGAGAAUGGUAUAGAGACACUGGGCGGUCAGAAAGAGAAUGGUAUAGAGACACUGGGCGAUCAGAAAGAGAAUAGUAUAGAGACACUGGACGAUCAGAAAGAGAAUGGUAUAGAGACACUGAAUGAUAAGAAAGAGAAUGGUAUAGAGACACUGAACGACCAGAAAGAGAAUGGUAUAGAGACACUGUACGAUCAGAAAAAGAAUGGUAUAGAGACACUUAAUGAUAAGAAAGAGAAUGGUAUAGAGACACUGGGCGAUCAGAAAGAGAAUGGUAUAGAGACACUGGACGACCUGAAAGAGAAUGGUAUAGAGACACCGGACGAUCAGAAAGAGAAUGGUAUAGAGACACCGUACGAUCAGAAAGAGAAUGGUAUAGAGACACUGGGCGAUCAGAAAGAGAAUGGUAUAGAGACACUGGGCGAUCAGAAAGAGAAUGGUAUAGAGACACUGGACGAUCAGAAAGAGAAUGGUAUAGAGACACUGAACGAUCAGAAAGAGAAUGGUGUAGCGACACUGGAGUGUCAGAAAAAGAAUGGGUAUCGAGACACUGAUGUUCUAAACAGGAACGUUUAUUCAAUUUAA